AUGGUGAAUCGUAAUAGGUCAUUAAGUAUGAACUUCAAUGGACAUAAGUCUGAACAAGAACAGCGAAAGAUGAAGGAAUCCAUAUUCGAAUUGAAAGAAGUUCAGACCACUCUCAGAUAUGAAUGGCCUCAAUGUUUACAAGAAAACGCUAAUCCGAUUGAAAUGGCAGUGUCACUUCUUGACGACACAUCCGUUGGAAUGGCGUAUAAGUUACCAGAAUUCCAGGACUUAUCUAAACAGACCAAAACUGCUUUACGGCACGUUGUGAACGAGCAUCAUGAUAUUUUCAAUAAUAGUAUUGGUUCGUAUCAUGUGUUGCUUUCAACCCUUCGGGAUUCACAACAGGAUUCUAUACAAAUAAAGGAAAUGCUUGAAUCUGCCACCACAGAGAUUCAUAAUCGUUCAGACGUGUUGACGGAAUUGAACCAAACGUCUGCAAGAUAUUCUGAAAUGAUUGAAAUUUUGGAUGCAAUGGACGAAUUGGUCUCGAUACCCGAUAAAAUAGACCAGCUUAUUAUUGAUAAAAAAAUCCAUCAAGUGUACGAUGUGAUAUCCCAUGGUUAUAAGGUUGCAGAACAAUAUAAUUUAUGGUCAUUGUCGGCUAUGAGCACCACCAGAAGUUAUUUGGAACUGCAAUCCAAUAAUUUAUUUGAUAUGAUUGUUGAUGAGUUGCAGAACGAAAUAUACUUAAAGAAUGUGUCAUUACUGAAUGACGGGUCUACAGGGAACAAUGUUCUUUCAUGGCAGGCGUUAGGUACCUCGGGAAAGCCUCAAUUGUCCUCGAUCAAGGCUUUGAUCACAGAACUGAAUAAUCUAGAACAAUAUAUCUAUAAUUCAGCGAACUUAGAUAUAUCAGAAAUUGCUGAUUGCUUUACCGAGCCUGUCGAGGAAUUUAUUGUCAACCAGCUUCCCAAACUUCACGCACAUUAUUCUAAUAGUGAGUCUGAAACAGAUUAUUCAAUAAUGCUUGAUGCAGCCCUGAAUGAUAGCUCAAAGUCCUAUCAUUACAUAUACAAGUUAUUAAACACCGCGUCCAAGUUGAAUCGUUUACCACAAGUAUUGGAAAUUCUCAUAAAUUCAAACCAACAAGAAUUACAUGGAUUAAUAAAUAGAACAACAGAAGAAGCUAAACUGAGAAAUAUGCAACAUUUGAAUAAAUUAGCAAAAUUGAAGAACCUCGAUCAUUCUUAUGCUACAGAUAUGAUAAGUGGAAGUACUUUUAAUGAUUACUCUGUUGUUAUCCUACAAGAUUUAUUUGGAUCUAUAUUCAUUAAAGCUUUAGCAGUUUUACAAAAACAUAAAGUGGUAACUGAGAUUGUCGAAAAGAUCAAGGUUAGAGACUCAUACAACAUAAAUCAUAGCUUUGAUAAUAUCUGGGGUUCAAUUAGAAAGGAAUUACGAGCCUUAAUGAUUAACUAUACAUAUGACGUGCCAGUUUUUGGUUUGAAUCCAAUUAAUGGAGGUAAUGAAUUAAAUAAACAAAGUAGUUUAAACGAUGUUUUACUGAGAAGUGAUUUAUUCAAAUUGGAGGACGUUUCCUACGACAAAUCGGCGAAGACUACAGAAGAUAUGAAAACUAUAUUGCAAGAUAUGUUUCCGGGCUUCGUUUUAUCUGAUUCAGACCAUAAAAUUGGAAGUAAUACGAAGGCAAACUCGUUCGAGAUUGAAUCUCCAUAUAUCAAGAAUGAAACGUUUAAUGCUAUGGUGGAAGUUCUUGUUCCUAAGAAUAUAUUUAAUAUGAGAAUAAUUCUAGAAUUUUUAUUGGUCUUUAUUGCCGGAUCUCAAAAAUUAUUUGCUAAUUUUGCAGAAGAAGAGACUACUUCCAGCACACAAAAUAAUACAGCUCUUAAGUUCUUUAAUGAGUAUAUGAAAGGCUCUUUCCUUCCAAGGUUGAAGGAGAAUCUCGAUAAUGCGUUCAGGGAAUAUGUUAGUGGUAAAUCUAAUUUUGAGCAAAAUUCUAUUGCUGAACAUGAAAACCCAGAUAUUAAUAACUCCGUGUUGUCGGGCUUUAGAUCAGAGGUUACGCCGUUGGAUCAAAUUGAAAGUGAUUCAAAUUCCCUUGUAAUUAACACUACUAGUAAUUCUUCUGCAAUGAUAUUUCAAAAUGCAUUAGAUUUUAGACGGUUAUUUACCAAUGCUUGUUCAGUUUUAAACACAUCUUUAACAUACCGUAAAGAUUUUAGUGAUUUAUGUUUGCAUUUUUUGAGAAGAUUCUCAGAUACUUAUGCACAAUUUUAUAACGAAUUAUUGCUCCCAAGUGGAGUACAGGACCAAGAUGAUUCAAUACACGGGAAUAAUACUUCGAAACCUAGUCUGCAGCUCAAUUCUUGGAUGCGCAUACCAGCCUUGAUUGAGAUAUCGAACAUAAUAUUACAACAAGAUUCAACUCCAAAAGAUUUUGAUGCAUUACUUGAUAAAGAAAUUGAAAUUAUGACGUAUAAUAAUGACAAGUCUAGACACAUUUUUGAUAUUACAAAGGAUGAUUUCUUAGACAAUGACUCCAUUAACCAGGUAUGUUAUCUUUUGCUAACAACAUCUUGGAUAUUGACAUGGUUACCAUCAAUGAAAAAAGAAUCAAAUUAUACAGUUUAUAAUGAUGAUGUUGACACUGUCAAACUCUCUACGGUAGAUAAGUUGAAGCAUGAUUGGUGUUUCCUUGAGAAUGGUCUCACAAGUCCUACAAAUUUGGAUAACAAACAAAGAAACAUAUACUUGGCAUUAAAUUCUGAUAAGGUUCACCAGUUUAAUGAAAUAAUUAGAACAUUUGAGGUCAUAAGAGACGGUGCUUUAGUUGCACUUCGAUAUGAUUUGAGGUGUAAAGCUAUGUACUAUAUUGGAAGGUCGUUCAAAGGAGGUGAAUGGCUUCCAAGUUCAGAACCUGGAGACGCUGAUCAGUACAUUGGAUUAUAUAACAAAGAAGCUUUUGCAGUGGAAAAUAAGUUGAAUAACAUCCUAAAUGAUAACGAGAAGAACGGAGUUUUCGUUGGUUUACCAAAAUUCUUGAGCGAAAUAAUGAUAAAGGGGUCUUAUAUUAUCCCUAAGAUAAAUACUAAUGGUGUUAAGAAAAUAUUAUUGAAUACCUUCACCUUACAACAAAUGUUGCGAAAUGUGAUGAAUGAUGCUGAAAGUGUUGAUUUUACUAAGCCAUCAGUGUACUAUGAGUUGUUCACUAAACACGAGCAAGAAUUUCUAGAAAUAGUUAAGAGGAACCAUUUGAAGUUUACUUCGAAAGAAAUACAAAACCUUGUCAGAUUACUCUAUAGUGAGAAGCUAGCUGACGGACGGGGAAGCUCAUUCCACAAGUCGAAGUUUAAUGAGCUAGAGAGAAAAAUUAUCGACAUUUUAAACUAA